CUUUUUAUUACUUAUUAAUAAAAUUAGAAAGAUUUCUAUUAAACGUCUAUGAUUAUGACAGGCUUUAGAUUUGUAAUUUCCAAUCAGUGCGCGUGACCGCAGAAGGUUGCGCAAACCAGCAGUCACGUGAGAUCCGCUGUUUUUCCUGUUUUGGUUUACACAACAAGAGUUUAUAACAGUACCCAACUUAAACGUUCAGGAAUGGCUUUAUUCGUUCUGUUAUUUUUGUUUUGUCAUGUUUUUAACUUGCAGGUUUCUUCUGCGCCAGUUAGUAAUGUAUUCAAACACCUGCAGACCGCAUCUAAAUUCUGGCAUAUCUCAGACCUGCACUUGGAUCCGACCUACCAUGUGACAGAAGACCAUACCAAAGUGUGUUUUUCCUCCAAGGGUGUUCCUGCAUUGGACCCGGGAGUGUUUGGAGAUUUCCUCUGUGAUUCUCCAUACCAGCUUAUUCUCUCAGCGUUCAGUUACAUGAAGCAAGUGGACCUGCAGCCUGAGUUCAUUAUAUGGACCGGGGACAGCCCUCCCCACGUCCCUAAAGAAGAGCUGUCCACUGAUGUAGUGAUCAAUGUGAUUGCUAAUAUGACCCGCACCAUACAGCAGUUCUUCCCACAGAUUCCUGUUUAUCCUGCCCUGGGCAACCACGACUACUGGCCACAGGAUCAGUUUCCAACAUCUGAGAAUGCGAUUUAUGAUGCUGUUGCCAAACUCUGGUCCCCAUGGUUGAACCCAGCAGCUGUGGCUACUUUGCAAAAAGGAGGCUUUUACUCUCUUGUUAUCAAACCUGGUCUGCGUCUGCUGAGUCUCAACACAAACCUGUACUACAGUCCUAAUGAAGUGACUGUAAAUAUGAGCGACCCUGCAGGGCAGUUCCAGUGGCUGCAGGAAACACUUGAGCUGUCAAGACAAAGCAUGGAGAAGGUCUAUGUGAUCGCGCACGUCCCCAUCGGUUACCUACCCUUUGCUAAAAAUACGACAGCCAUGCGAGAAAACUACAAUGAACAACUGGUCAAAAUAUUUCGCAACUACAGUGAGGUGGUGGAGGGUCAGUUUUAUGGGCACACUCAUCGGGACAGUAUAAUGGUUCUUUUGGAUCAGCAAGGUAAACCUGUGAACUCCAUAUUUGUCACUCCUGCUGUUACACCCAUCAAAAGUCAAAUAGAGCCAUUUUCAAACAACCCUGGUGUGCGUGCAUAUCUCUACCAACCUGACAGUUAUACUUUGCUGGAUAUUUGGCAGUUCUAUCUAAAUCUCACUGAAGCAAACCUGGAGCAAAGGUCCGGGUGGAAGCUGGAAUACAUAAUGACUGAGGCGUUUGGUAUCGAUGACAUUCAGCCAGGCAGCUUGCAGGAACUCGCACUUAGUUCAUCGUCCUGCCAGAAGCCGACAAUUAACGUUGACAUUUUAAUUUCUGAAUUCCUGCACAAUGCCGGUGUUUUUUUCACUUAUAAAGGUUAGUUCAUUAGGGUCAUGAUUAAUUUGUUUUGAACACCACACAAAACCUAAAGCCACACUGGGGAAAUAAACUCCACAUACGCAUGCAAUAAUUAAACAUGACAGUAUUUGUCAACAUAGAAUAGGCAUUUUGGAAGUGAACCAAGUUUUUUUUUUUUUUUUUACAGUCUAUUUAUCUCAAGUGUCUAAUUGAACUGGUCUCUGUGUGUCUGGCCAGAUGUCAACAUUAGGAGCCACAUGACCAUCUGCUGUGCAUUUAUUAUGGGUUAUGCCAAGACUCUAAUGUAUUGAGCCUCAAACUAUGACUGUAAGCAAAAGAGGCCUUGACAUGGUUUUUUAUCUUUUCAAUGUGUCCCUUGUAGUAAUGUUAUAAUAUAAUGCUGUUUUUUAUGAUUUACACUA